AGAGAUGGUGACUAAUUUAUGAUGAAUUGUUCGGAAUCGUAGUCGCGCAGAGUGGUCAGCCCAAAACUCCGUCUGUCUGUAGAAGUUUUGAUGAUCGCAAUAUCGCAUAUUCCCAUAUCUUAGGGUAUAAACUCACUCAAUGUUUUAAAGAAGUUUUCCACAACUCUUAAUCCCAGACGAUUAUGCGUGUACCAGGCAUCUCAAGACCGUUCGAGCACCAUUUCAAUUCCUGUUGAGCAUAGCUAUGCUAUUCUAUUGCGGUUGAUUCGCAGGUUACUUAGCGCAACAUCACAUGUUCUGCCAAGAAAGUAGCAAAUAGCUGCCAUUGUUAUGUCUGUACUCAUUGAAGGACUCCCUGAUGCGGUUUCCCUAAGGUGUCUUGCAUGGGUCCCUUAUUCCCUUCAUCCCAAAUUACAACUGGUCUCUCACUCUUGGAGAGCAGCCAUCCGAAGUGGCGAGAUUUUCAAAGCCCGACAAGAAGUCAGCUCUGCUGAAGACUUACUGUGUGUGUGCGCUUUCGAGCCCGACAACCAAUGGCAGCUCUACGACCCCACCUGUGACCUUUGGAUCAAACUCCCCAUCCUGCCUUCAAACAUUAGACAGCUUGCACAUUUUGGGGCGGUCUCAGCUGCUGGAAAACUGUUUGUCCUCGGUGGCGGCAGUGAUGCUGUGGACCCUUUGACUGGUGACCAAGAUGGAAGCUUCGCGACCGACGAGGUAUGGUCUUAUGACCCAGUGACAUGGCGGUGGGCCCUAUGUUCUCCAAUGAUGGUCCCACGCGCGAUGUUUGCAUGUUGUGUGUUGGAUGGGAAGAUUGUUGUUGCCGGUGGGUUCACUAGUUUCAGAAAGUCAAUAUCGAAAGCCGAAAUGUAUGACCCGGAGAGGGAUACAUGGGUUUCACUCCCCGACCUCCAUCACACCCAUAGCACUGUUUGUACCGGGGUGGUUAUUGAGGGUAGGGUCCAUGUGGUACACAAGGGAUUGCCAAUGGUGCAGGUUCUGGAGAGCGUGAAGCAAGGGUGGACUGUUCAUGACUAUGGUUGGGUCCAAGGUCCGAUGGCUGUGGUCAGGGGGAAGCUUUAUGUUAUGAGUAAUGGACUUGUAUAUCAGCAAGAGAAAGAAUCGAACCGGGUUGUAGUUUCGGCGUUUGAGUUCCGUAGAAGGAUUGGGUUUGCAAUGAUGGGACUUGGGGACGAUAUAUACAUAAUUGGUGGGGUUGUAGGUCCAGAGAGGUUGAAUUGGGACAUUGAAACAACCUCUGAUGUUGAUGUUCUAACGCUCGGAAGUGAAAGGCCCAUUUGGCGUAAGGUGUCUCCCAUGACGUUAUGCCGAGGAACCAUUCUUGGUUGCACGCAACUGAGAAUUUAGUGUUCAUUUAUGUAUUCUGAAAGCCAUUCCUUACCUUGUCUUUUCUUACUGUUUUGCAUACUUGCAUGUAACCAUUCAUACUGCUUUGAAUUUGCACAUUUUUUACAACAAAAGUUGUAGCUUUGUGGAUACUUGAAACUCAGCUUACUAUGUUGACAUGGGAAAUACAUGUUGCUUUACUUGUACCCUUAUUUUUUCUUCUGCUGUUGAAGCUAUUCAUUUGCUUUGAAUAUAUU